AUGAGCGCACGAGUGCUGAACCCGGCGAUGAUGACGGAAAUAAGCAGGAACCUCGGCGGUGGCGGACGAGCGUCGCCGAGCAAGGCCGCUCUCGCGCGCGUGCGACGCGAUCUCUUUGGCCCGGUGGACCACGCAGCGGCUCGGGCGCUCGCCGAACGUGAGCUCCACACCCAAUCGUUGCUCGACGCCGAGCGAUGGGGCUUCGAUUUCCAUCUGGAGAUACCGCGACCGAAUUCGCGCUACGAAUGGGAACCGGUAACGGAGCACGACGUCGUUCCGGAGCCUUACGCUUUGCGCGGCAUGCCCUAUCUGAGAGAACACGCACCCGGUACGCCGCAGAAAUUGCGUGCUUCCGACGACGAUGACGACGACGACGACGACGACGCAGCCGCCGUCGUCGUCUCGAGCACUGCCGCCGAGAGCACGUCACCGACCACGACGUCGUUGGCGACAACAUCGACGACACUGAUGACUACAACGACGAUGAUAACGACGACGAGAAUUAUCGAGCAAAUGGAAGCUGGUACCACACCAACGGUGGAGAGAACACCACCGCAGGAACCGAGAGUACCGGAGAUCGGCGACGCCGCGAGAUCCAGUCAUUUCUCCGACACGAACAAGAAGAAGAGAACGAUAGAGCCGACCACUCCUGUACUACCCCCAGCAGCAAGGAAGCAACCAGUGAUCACCGACUUUAUGAAAAGCCGUAAGCGCAGCCUGAACGGCACCACAAAGAGCAUGAUAGAACCACCGGAGAAGAUCACCCGCAACGCGGGUCAGAUACGCAGCUAAGAGCUUUCAGCUUCCUUGUUCAAAGCCUCCGCCGUCUUCUUCCACCUCGUUCGUGCACGACGCGAGACAGUGCCGGAAAUGGAAAACUGCAUCGCCGAACCAACGGGGUAGAGAGGAAGGCAGAGAUAGAAAGACUCCGCGAGGAGGCGCGAGGUCCGCGUUGGCUGUGCCAUUCACAUAGUUUUUUUUAUCCACCAUGAGCGCGCGCGAAACAUACCGAGAUGGAUAAAUUAAAAAAGAAAAGAAAAGAAAGGUAAAAAAAAAAAGAGAAAUAAAGUAGCGCUGUUUUCUAUCAUGUAUACUUUUGUUUGCAAUAUCGCUUCGUAAUAACAACAAGGAAGAAAGGAAAGAUUAAAAAGAUAAAAGGAGAAAAAACGAAUGCUUUGGUGGAAGAAGAGAGAAAAGAGAGUGUGACUCUCUCGUCGCUAUUUUUUUAUGAUAUGUCACAUCAAUUUUGUAUUAAGGCUAGAAUAUAAGUGAUAAACCAUAAGAAGAAU